AGCUAUUUUGCCAGCCACUUCCUUAUGGGAGGAGAGAAGUUUGACUCCAGUCACCCUGAAGGUUACCUGUUUGGAGAGAACAGCGACCUGAACUUCCUGGGAAGCAGACCGGUUGCGUUUCCUUAUGCCGCCCCGCCGCCCCAGGAGCCGGUGAAGACUCUGAGGAGCCUGAUCAACAUCCGGAAGGACACGCUAAGACUAGUCAAAUGCGCCGAGGAGGUGAAGAGCCCCGGCGAAGAGGCCAGCAAAGCCAGAGUGCACUACAACGUGGAGUUCACCUUUGACACUGAUGCGAGGGUGGCCAUCACCAUCUACUACCAGGCCACAGAGGAGUUCCAGAAUGGCAUUGCCAGCUACAUCCCCAAAGACAACAGCCUGCAGUCGGAGACGGUGCAUUACAAGCGAGGGGUGUGCCAGCAAUUCUGCCUCCCCUCUCACACUGUCGACCCCUCGGAAUGGGCUGAAGAGGAGCUUGGCUUCGAUCUGGACCGCGAAGUUUACCCUAUGGUGGUGCAUGCUGUGGUGGAUGAAGGCGAUGAGUAUUUCGGCCAUUGUCACGUGCUGCUGGGCACUUUUGAAAAGCACACAGAUGGGACUUUCUGCGUCAAGCCCCUCAAACAGAAACAAGUAGUAGAUGGGGUCAGCUACCUCCUGCAGGAGAUCUAUGGGAUUGAAAACAAGUACAACACCCAAGAUUCUAAGGUGGCUGAGGACGAAGUGAGUGACAACAGUGCCGAAUGUGUGGUGUGCCUCUCAGACGUGCGGGACACCCUGAUCCUGCCCUGCCGCCACCUCUGCCUGUGCAACACCUGUGCAGACACCCUGCGCUACCAGGCCAACAACUGCCCCAUCUGCCGGCUCCCCUUCCGGGCGCUGCUCCAGAUCCGAGCCAUGAGGAAGAAGCUGGGCCCCUUGUCCCCAGGCAGCUUUAACCCCAUCAUCUCUUCCCAGACGUCAGACUCAGAGGAGCAUUCCUCCUCGGAGAACGUCCCACCGGGUUAUGAAGUGGUGUCUCUUCUGGAAGCCCUCAAUGGGCCCCUGACCCCGUCCCCAGCGGUCCCUCCACUUCACGUGCUUGGCGACGGCCACCUCUCAGGAAUGCUGCCUUCGUACGGCAGUGAUGGUCACCUGCCCCCUGUCAGGACGCUCUCCCCCCUCGACCGCCUGUCUGACUGCGGCAGCCAGGGACUCAAGCUCAAGAAGAGCCUCUCCAAGUCCCUGUCCCAGGACUCGUCCGUGUUGCACGAGGAGGGAGACGAGCGCUCCUGCAGUGGGUCCGAGACGCAGCUCUCCCGCCGGCAGCCAGUGGCACACCCGGGAGGGGAGGAAUGUGGUGUGACCCCAGACAGCGAGAACCUGACCUUGUCCUCGUCAGGAGCUGUCGACCAGUCGUCCUGCACAGGGACCCCUCUCUCCUCCACCAUCUCCUCCCCAGAAGACCCUGCCAGCAGCAGCCUGGCCCAGUCGGUCAUGUCCAUGGCGUCCUCUCAAAGCCAGCACUCCCAGAUCAGCUCCGACACCGUCUCCUCCAUGUCCGGCUCCUACAUCGCCCCAGGCCCCGAAGAAGAGGGUGAAGCCCUCCCUUCCCCAAGGAGGGUCCCGUCAGAGGAAGGAGAGGUGAUGCCGCUGCAGUCCCCAGAUGUCAACUUCGUUGGCCUCCCAGUUGAGGAGCAGGACGCAGAGGGAAACGACGUUCUAGAGGAAGACCACGGAUCCCCUACUCAGGAAGCUGGCCAGAGGACAAGCGCAUUUCUAGGUAUGGAGUGUGACAAUAACAAUGACUUUGACACCGCAAGCGUGAAAGCACUGGACAAUAAGCUGUGCCCUGAGGUCUGCUUACCUGGGGGCUGGCAGGUUGAUGACAAUGCUGUGGGUCGGCGGAGCACCCAGCGCCGGCGCUUAUCGUCCAGCAGCCUGGAGGACCCUGAGGACAGGGCUUGCGUGUGGGGGCCGCUAGCUGUCUGAGGACCCCAACCCACCCACUGUCCUCACAUUCCGUCCCGUCCUCACCGGGCCACCUCCUCAAGACUCAGCCUGUGCAAAAGCCAGCUGGUGCGGUGGCCAGCCUGCCCCUCUCCCAGCCUCAUCUCCUCCUGCAACUGUGGAUCGUCCCCCCCAAGCCCCCCACCUCUCCCCCCUCGCCCCGGCCCUGAGGAACUGGGAAGCCUGCUUUCUCCCCGGCUGCAGUCACUCCUGGGAGCCGGGCAACUCGGAGUCCUCGGCACCCCAGUCUCUGAGCGUCAGGCAGAGCCAAGUUCCACAUCCUGGUCUUUCUUGUAUGUCUUUUCUCUCCUUAGGGGUCAGGCCAGAAACCUCUAGGUUUGGGCAACUUCCUCACAAGCACCCACUGGGCAUUUUCUGGAACAUUCUCUGUAACCUCACAGCCAAUUUCAAGCUCCAGUUUGGGUGGGGUUGGGAAGGACUUGCGCGAGAA